AUUUCUCAGAACUCUACAAGUCGUUCCAGAGUUCUCUUCAAUAAAACUCUCAAGAAGGCCAAUACCAACUGAUCAAUUGAACCACUAAACUCCACUGACUUUGCCAAAAUGGCCCAACACGCACCCAUGCUAACGCUUCCCCCCUCCUCCCUCCACCGCAUCUCCCAAAUCCAGUCAGCCAACCUCUCUCUUAUAUCCGCCUUCGAAUCCCACCCCACCUUCUCCUCCCAACACUCUUCCCGCCAAGGGAAAAUCUACUUCAUGUGGGACUUCGCAAAGCGCACCGACGCGAUGUUUCAAUCCCUGAUGCAUAGCUAUGCUCAGCCUGAUACCCCUGCAACAAGAGGCUCGGUGCCGGAUUUGCCGCCAGCGCGUAUGACGGAGGAACAAAGCGGAGAAUUGAAAGAGGAUGUGGUAGGAAGGUGUGUUAUGCUUUGGACGAUGAUAACGGAUGGGAGUGGGAAGACAGGGGUCAUGUUUGGGGAGGUAGAGGGGCAGGAGGUGGAUUUGGGGGAGGAUGUUAGGGCGAAGGCAGAGGUAGUUAGGCGGGUUAUUUUUGAGGAGGUGUAGAGUGGUCCGAUUUUCUUGAGGUGCUCAUGAAUCCGGGCUGGCGCCUUAUAGCUUGGUCAUAUGUGGAAAGCGUGAGGAGGGUGCUUAGCUACUACGUCCAGAUGCUUAAUUUGGUAUUUUGGGGCCUUACUCGGACUGUUUACCGGCGGUGGUGAUUCUUAGGAAGAUAGGGCUACAUUGGCUAAACCAGGCUG